AUGCCGACAGCACAGAUAUUAUUGCGGCGUAGCCGGUUUUCAAUAUCAUCAUUUUUCAAGGUGCAGCCAGAUGUUGAAGAUUUGGACCCCUCUCUGCUAGGUGAUGGGAAAGAAGAGAAGCCCGAGGAGAAACUUGGAAAACUGCAGUAUUCCUUGGAUUAUGAUUUCCAAAACGGGCAGUUGGUUGUGGGAAUUAUUCAGGCUGCAGAUCUUCCAGCUUUGGACAUUGGUGGGACAUCUGAUCCUUAUGUCAAAGUUUUUCUUCUCCCAGACAAAAAGAAGAAGCAUGAAACUAAAGUACACCGCAAGACUCUCAACCCAACAUUUAAUGAGACUUUUACAUUUAAGAUUCCCUAUGCAGAGCUGGGAGGUAAAACAUUAGUGAUGUCUGUAUAUGAUUUUGACCGGUUCUCAAAGCAUGAUGCUAUAGGGGAGGUCCGCGUACAUAUGAACACUGUGGAUCUAGCUCAUGUUAUUGAAGAGUGGCAGGACCUUCAAUCAGCAGAAAAGGAAGAGCAAGAGAAGUUGGGAGAUAUCUGCUUCUCUUUGCGAUAUGUGCCCACAGCAGGCAAGCUCACUGUGAUUGUGCUGGAGGCCAAGAACCUAAAGAAGAUGGAUGUAGGAGGACUUUCUGAUCCAUAUGUGAAGAUUCAUCUCAUGCAGAAUGGCAAGCGAUUGAAGAAGAAAAAAACCACCAUUAAGAAAAACACACUGAAUCCCUACUAUAAUGAGUCAUUCAGCUUUGAAGUUCCUUUUGACCAAAUCCAGAAAGUACAAGUGGUCCUUACGGUGCUUGAUUAUGACAAGCUUGGCAAAAAUGAAGCUAUUGGAAAGAUCUUUGUUGGCUGCAAUGCUACAGGAAUUGAGUUACGUCAUUGGUCUGAUAUGCUAGCCAAUCCUAGAAGGCCAAUUGCUCAGUGGCACACUCUACAGCCAGACGAGGAAGUGGAUGCUGCCCUUGGACUGAAGACUUCAUGAUGUCACUUCCUCUGUGUGAAUGUGGGUGGGAGUGUAUGUGUGUGUUUGUGCAAGCACAGCUCCACAUGCUGCUGUUGUAUAUACCUGUUCAAAGCUGUAGCUGUGAAAUA